UAUGUAGUAAUGAAAUACGAUAACAAUAAUAACAACGUGUUUCGUUCCAAGUAAAAUUAAAAGAUUUGAAGGAUAUAGUCAUUUAUGGUUAUUGUAGACACUUAAAAAAAUGGAAGACAUUUAUGAAGUGUUAAACAAAAAAGCGGCUUUAGAUGAGGCAGCACAACAAAGUGUGAGUGUAACCAAAAUAUUAGAACCAGAAAUUGAUUUGGGUACACUACUAUCUUUUGAUUCAAAUGAUUUUGACACUAAACAGCUCAGAUUGGACCAAGAGGCUUAUUUGAAAAGUGAAACUAGAAACAAUGUACAGUUAGUAUUAAAUAAAUUAUUUGAAUUGCCCAUGAAAAAUGAAGAUGGAUAUAUGUAUGUCGAUUUACCAGAACCGAGAUAUAAUUUACCUCGUGAAAAACCAUUACCAAAACCUAAACCACUUACUAAAUGGCAGAAAUUUGCCAUUGAGAAAGGAAUAAAAAAAACUCCUAAACCCAAAGCUACAUGGGAUGAAAUAUUACAGAAAUGGAUACCAACUUAUGGUUACAAAAAAGCUGCUGCUGAUAAAGAGAAAGAUUGGAUAUUAGAAGUACCUGGUAAUGCUACUGAUCCAAAUGUUGAUUUAUUUGCUCAAAAGCGUGAAGCAAAAAAAGAACGUGUUGCUAAAAAUGAGUACCAGAGAUUACGUAAUAUUGCUGCUUCACGUAAGAUCAAAGUUCCUUCAGUUGGAUUACCUCCUUUAGAAGGAACAUUACAUUCAAAUCAAUUAAAAACAGCUGUAGAUGUAGCAAAAAUUUCGACUGCAUCUGUUGGUAAAUUCCAGCCAAAAAUAAGUAAAGAAGUUGUAUCUAUUAAGAAAAAUAUACCUGGAUUAAAGAAAGAAAAACUGCCUGCUAAAAGUAUGAAUGAAGAAAAAUCAAGCAGUCUUCAAAUAUUGGAAUCGAUAAAUAAUAAAAAACCCAAAUUCAAUUUAGAAAAAGCUGCUAAUAAGGCUAUUCAUGCCGAAGAAAUCCAAAGAUCGCGAGAGAAAAAAGAAGGCAAUGAUAAAAAGAAAGGAGGACGAUCACGUAGCAAAGGAUCAUUUAAAAGACCUACUGCAAACACUGGAAAGCGUUUGGGAAAACAAAAGGGUGGUCGUAAACGUAGAUAAUUUUAAAAAUUGUUUCUAUUUUAUUAAUU